AUGCCGCGACAUGUUCAUCUUCUUCCUCCCACACGGCAGUUCCUCAUCCCUCGCAGCCUACCCCAUCCGCCUGUCUCCACCACCCUGAGGUCGACGGGUAUUGCCGCGAACCACCUCGCCGCCCAGCCCUCCCCUCAACCUUCCCCCACCGCUGUUACUGGCCACCUCCCCGACCAUCCCUCUAAGCCCCGCACCACCGACUCACCCGUUGUUAUAUCGCUGCCGCGCACGAGAAGACGCGGGUUCCUCUGCACCACCGCCGCGCCCACAUCCGCCUCUCUCCGCCUCCGGUGCCCGUCCUCUCUCCACCCUCGCCCAAUCCGGACGAGAUCGGCAGGAUCCGCCGCAUCUCACGCCCGCGGCCCACCGUGGCUUUCGGCGGCGUUGGGAGCGCUGGUCCGCCCCCGCUCCUCCGGGGCUGGCGGAACGGCGGAGCGGCGCUCUGGUCAGGUUCCUCUGCUUCGAGGGCGGCGCGUGGGCUGUGCCUCUGCGCCGGGCGUCCCUGGACGGGAGGGUGGUCGCAGGGCCGUGUAUGGCGGCAGGGAGUUCCUGUUCGACGCUGGCACCACCGAGGAGGUCGCCAUGGGCUGGAUUGAUGACCGCGGGGCCUGCUUCUUCCCUGUGCCAGAGAGCGGGAGGAAGAGGAAGAGGGGCGAGCCUGAGCUGGAGGACGGGGCGUCGUCCGGGGUGGAUGAGAGGUCCGACGAGAGCAGCGACACGGUAGAAGCCGAAGUUGUUUUACUUUAA